UUUUUUUUGCUAUGGGUAUUUCUUUCUUUAGAUCUUAUUUAUUUUACUUGGUUUUAGAUUUAAAUGAUUUUGUAGAUUUUACUUGAUAGGUUUUUUGACCAUAAACCUUCAAAUUAGUAAUGAAACUGAAUCAGGAGUUUUUUUUUUUUUUUUUUUUGAAACCUAACCAUGAUAAUUGCGCAUAUGAAAGGAAUGCUGUUCGUCCAAUAUAAGUUGUUCCCACAUAUGAAGUGAGACCAUAAGGUAAUGGCAGACUUACCGGGUUAUGUGCAUUCGUGUUUGCAAACUGGAAAACUUGCUGCUUUGGCAAUCUUGGUCUCUGGUGGAAUUGUAUUACAAAUUCUGGCAUGUGCACUGUACAAUAAUUGGUGGCCUAUGCUAACUGUAAUAAUGUAUGUGCUUCUUCCUAUGCCAUUGCUGUUCUUUGCUGGCUCUGAUGGUUCUUCUCUUUUCCAAGAAUCAGAUAGCAGGUGGGUCAAUGCAACCAAGUUCUUGACUGGUGCCUCAGCAGUUGGAAGCAUUGCAAUACCAGCAAUCUUAAAGCACUCUGGUGUCAUUGGCUGGGGAGCAUUGGCAAUGGAGCUUUCUUCAUUUUUUGUAUUUGUAAUGGCCAUAAUGUGUUACAUACGCAUGAAUGAUGAUGAUGGUUACAGCAUGCUCUGAAAUAUGGCCACUUUAUAUGUAAAGAAUGAUUGAUUGUUGUGCCAUUAGAGAAUUUGUUGUUAGGGUUAUGAUGUGUUUGGCUAACUGGAUGCUUGUUUUCCCAGUUGAGCGACAUCGUUUGUGCAUAAUUGAUAUUUUUGAGUUGGAGUCUUAAAAUUAAAUUUGUAGAGAAACUUAACAAAAUGAACUUGAGAAACCAUUAUGAAUUGAA